GAUGGAACACCAGGUAGAUGUUGUGAUGAAUUUGAAUGUGAAGCGAUCAAAAACGACGAUAUAAAAAUGGAAAUAAAGCGAUGUCCGUACGGUAAUAAAACCUAUGAGGACGGUGAACAAUGGCACACAAGCAGUUGUGAACAAUGCAAAUGUAAAGGCGGUAUUGCGUUCUGCUCAAAAAUGACUUGUGCCAAUCCACCAACCCAUUGCACUUGGGUGGCUAUACCAGAAAACGAAUGCUGUCCCAUAUGUUUGGGCUGUCAAACGGAUGGUGAGAAACGUAAGAAGAACGAAACGUGGCAGAAAGACGAUUGCACAAGGUGA